AUGGGUGUUCCGAAAUUCUUCCGCUGGCUGAGCGAGCGGUAUCCCGCCAUCUCCAUGCUCAUCAAGGAGAGCCGUAUUCCCGAGUUCGACAGCUUGUAUCUGGAUAUGAACGGAAUUAUUCACAACUGCACACACAGCGACAGUGACUCUCCGACAUUCCGCAUGUCGGAGGAACAAAUGUUUAUUGCCAUCUUCAACUAUAUUGAGCACCUUUUCGGAAAGAUUAAACCCCAAAAGUUGUUUUUUAUGGCUGUCGAUGGUGUCGCCCCACGAGCGAAGAUGAACCAACAACGUGCGCGCCGCUUCCGAACCGCUCUGGACGCUGAAAAUGCGAAAGAGAAAGCAAUUGCACAGGGAAUGGAGAUGCCGAAAGAAGACCCAUUCGACAGCAAUUGUAUCACCCCUGGUACCGGUUUCAUGGCGAGACUCACACAACAAUUGAAAUACUUCAUCAACAAAAAGAUCUCCGAGGAUUCGGAUUGGCAGGGCGUAGAAAUCGUGCUUUCGGGACAUGAGGUGCCCGGAGAAGGAGAGCACAAGAUCAUGGAAUACAUUCGUCAAGCGAAAGCGCAGCCCGGUUACCAUCCGAACGUGCGGCAUUGUUUGUAUGGUUUAGAUGCGGAUCUGAUCAUGCUGGGUCUUCUCAGCCAUGACCCUCACUUCUGUCUUCUCCGAGAGGAGGUGACAUUUGGCCGUCAGACACAAAAGAAGCCCAAGGAACUGGAACAUCAAAACUUCUAUCUCUUGCAUCUGAGCAUGGUCCGGGAGUAUCUGGAAUUGGAAUUUCAAGAGCUAGAGCAAGAAGGAACUCUAAACUUCCCAUUUGAUAUGGAGCGUGUUAUUGAUGAUUUUAUUCUCAUGGCAUUUUUCGUUGGAAAUGAUUUCUUGCCCAAUUUGCCCAAUUUGCACAUCAAUGAGGGUGCAUUGGCGCUCAUGUUCAAGAUCUACAAAGAAGUUCUACCCAAGAUGGGUGGCUACAUUAACGAGGAAGGUACAAUCAACCUGGAGCGCCUAGGCAAACUCAUUGAUGCGAUGAGCGUUUUCGAGCAUCGUUUCUUUGAACUCGAAAACUCUGAUGCUCAAUGGGUCAAAUCGAAAAAGAAUGACGGCUCGCUCGAACUGGAGAACAGGCCGAAGGAGUUGACUAUCACGGCAUCUCAGAAGGAUAUUCUGAAGAAAGUAAAGCAGUACGUCUUGAAUCGGCCUGGUAAAGGUUCUGAAGCGAAACCUUUGGAUUUCCCAUCUACUUUACCGGCCCGCGACCGCAGCUUUGUGGAGAAACUUGCAGACCAACUUCGAGUACCAUGGUCCACCACAGAAAAUGAGGGUGGCGAUCGGUUCAUGAGACUCCAGCUACCUAAGCCCGAGCAUGAUGAUAGUGAGGAGGAAGACGAUGACGAGGAGGCAACCCUGGCCAUUCAGCGGGUUAUUCGAAAGUACGAGAAGGCCAAAGUACAGGAAAUGACCCCUGAAGAGGCACAAGAGGCCGCUGAAAAGAAAUAUGACGAGAAAUUCUAUGAGUGGAGAGAUACCUAUUAUCGCUCUAAGUUCGGAUGGGGACUUGACAACGAGGAUGAGAUGAAAAAGCUUGCAGAGAAUUAUGUGCAAGGUCUCCAGUGGGUCUUGUUCUAUUAUUAUCGGGGUAUCGCAUCGUGGUCCUGGUUCUUCCGCUAUCACUAUGCCCCCAUGAUCUCGGACGUAACGAAGGGGCUGGGUGUGGAUAUGAAUUUCCGACUCGGUCAGCCAUUCAGGCCUUUUGAGCAGCUGAUGGGUGUGUUGCCUGAUCGCAGUAAGAAGAUUGUGCCAACCGCCUACUGGGAGCUGAUGACUUCACCGGAAUCUCCCAUCAUCGAUUUUUACCCUCGUGAUUUCGACCUGGACAUGAACGGCAAAAAGAUGGAGUGGGAGGCCGUGGUCAAAAUUCCUUUCAUCGACGAAAAGCGCCUCCUGGAUGCUAUGAAAACACGAGAACAGCUCCUUAGCCCUGACGAGAAAUCUCGUAAUGGUUUUGGGGCUAGCCUGAAAUUCACACACUCACCUGAUGUGAACUUCAUUUAUCCUUCCUCCAUGCCUGGUGUAUUCCCUGACGUUCCCAACUGUCGCUGCAUUGAGAAUACUUUUGAACUCCCUACCAUGGAUGGAUUAGUCCCAUAUCAUGGUUUAAUGGACGGCGUGCAGCUUGGUGAUGCCGCUCUGGCCGGUUUCCCUAGUCUGAAGACCCUGCCACGUGUCGGUCAGCUGGGUUUCCAUGGAGUCUGUGUAUUCCAACAGGAAAGUCGGAAUGAAAGCCAGGUCAUCACCCUCCUGGACCCAUCCAGUCGAACCAGCGUCGAAUUGGCCAAGACAAAGCUUGGGAAGCGAGUUCAUGUUGGAUUCCCAUUCCUGCAAGAAGCACUAGUCGUUCGUGUUUCAGACGAACUUUUUGACUACAUUCUUCCACCGGGUGAGGAGCAUGCUGUCCAAAUCCCGCACACGCCUCAACAAAUCGAGCAGUGGAAGAAGAAGGCAGACAAGAUCGAGGGUAGCUACAGCAAGCGGCUGGGUAUCAUUAUCGGAGGUGUUGAGUCAGUCCUCCAUAUUCAACUGCUAAAGGGCAUGACCAAGACCGAAGAAGGUGCUACCAUCAAGGAAUUCGCGGAUAUACCUGGACAAGAAACCGACUAUGCUCUCCAGGUGGUGGUUGACGAUGUCGUCAACCCCGACCAGCGUUUCAUUGAGCGUGAGGCUCUGCCAAUUGAAGAAGAGUUCCCCGCAAACUCUCGUUGUUUCUUCUUGGGUGACUUCAACUACGGCAGACCCGUUCAUGUGACUGGUCACUCUGAUGGAAAGGUGAAUGGGUUAGUCGCAGCGGUGAAAGGCAAAGAGCCAGAAUUUGGAAGACGGCAUGUUGCAGAGGCUGAGCGAUCAUGCCCCUACAUGCCUUCGUAUGCUAUUGCACGGAGUCUGCGUCUCAAUCCUCUGGUGCUAGCGAGGAUCACGUCGUCCUUCACAGUUGACGUAGAGGGCCAACGUGUCAAUCUGGGCCUCAACCUCAAGUUCGAAGCUCGCAAGCAAAAGGUCCUUGGAUAUUCUCGCCGUGGUCAAUCUGGUUGGGAAUUCAGCCAGAAGGCAGUUAACCUGCUUCAGCAGUACAUGAUUACCUUCCCUGAAUUCAUUGCUGGUAUCCAGCGCAAUCCUCAGAGCGAUCGUUACUCUCCAACUGAUUUUUACCCGGAAGAUGUUGCUCUUGCAAAAAUAAAGGAGAUUCGUGAUUGGCUUAAGGCAGUGGAAGCUAAGGAUUUUGCAAGGGUUCCCCUUGAAGCCGAGCAACUGGAUUCCGAUAUUGUCCUUCUUAUCCAACAGGACGCCGAUGAAUUCACUAAGUCGCAGCCUGAGAUGCGGCCUCAGAAAGUUCGCGGCGUCCCCCGAGGUGCUUUGCUUCGGCCUGAGGAUGUGGAGCACCGCCUUGGAAGCCAAACAUUCAAGCUUGGUGAUCGCGUCGUGUAUGCCCAGAAUUCCGGCAAGGUUCCUAUUGCCACUCGGGGCACCGUGGUGGGUCUUACCAGAACCCCGCUCACAAUCUUGCUCGAUGUUGUCUUUGACGCUUCCUUCAUGAGUGGCACGGAUCUCGGCAAGCGCUGUGCGCCAUUCCGUGGCCAGACAGUUCCCGCGUCUUCGGUCCUAAACUUGUCCUACCGCCAAUUGGUCACUAGCUCUCGUGCUGCCACGGGCCAGCAAACCCAGCAGGAACCUACACCUCUGACCGUUCCUGGCUAUGGUGCACCUCUGGGCCCCAACGGACAGGGACAGCUCAAGAAUGCACCCGUUCCCCCACCUUUGAGGGGAUCGUUCCAGGGGGCUGUUUCUGGAAACAAUGCUACCCGUGGACGUGGUGGUCCCGGUAACAACCCGCCCACUACGCUGCCCUUCCGGCCCCACGUCAAUGGCGGCACUCCGCGCGGCCCUCGUAACCGGGGCGCCCCAACUAACGGCAAUCGCGGUGGCAGAGGCGGUAGAGGCGGAUAUGCAUCCGUUGAAAAUGGUGAUCCUAGCGAGGGGGUCAUUCAAAACAAUCCCAACUUCCGCCCGCAGAGCUACAAUCAGGUUCCUCCACCACCGGUAGUCGCUCAGCGACGCGGCCGCGGCCGUGGUCGUGGCAAUGGAUUCCAUGGCCGUGGUCGCGGAGGUGGCCCUGCUCCUGCGAGCGACCAGUGA